AUGAUAGAGAACCUUUUUGGCAAACUCGCGGAGAAAAUUUCAAUUUACCCAGUUCCUAUAAUGGUUCUCUGUAUCAUUGUCAACUUGCUUUUGAUAAUUGGGAUACUUGGAAUGAAAGUGGAAAACGACAUAGAAAAACUCUACACACCUAUUGAUAGCCAGGCAAUACAAGAUCGAGACACUGUACAAAACUUAUAUGGAGACCCAACAGACAGACAUUUUCAUUCCUACCAACUUAGUAACUUUGGACUCUAUGGAGCUGUUAUGAUCCUUUCAAAAAACCUAAGUGACAUAAAAAAACAGGCUUAUGUGGACGAAAUAAACAAUAUUCACGGUAUUGUAAGUGCCAUAACAGUUGAAAAUAAGACAUACGCAGACUUAGCCCCUGGAUCAGAUCCUUUGGAGGGAAUAUCUGGUUCCGUAAUAUUAUCCCAGUCAUUUCAAGACAAUUUUGUUAUUAAUAAUAUCACGUACCCUUUAUUCGGCAGAAAUCUUUUAUCUCCUUUUCUUGCUCAGGCCAUUUCAGAAAGCAAUAAAUUGACCUCUGUUGUUGGUAUUAAGCUACAAUAUUACCUGCGACAAAACAAUGCAUCCGUCAUUCAACUUUCAAAGACAUGGGAAAAGGCUUUCAUAUCCAAAAUGGAAAACUUGAAGACUAACUUAACACAGAUUGCUUAUGUUUACUCAGACUCCAUUGAAAAAGAAUUAAACAAGAAUAUUAACAGUGAUAUACCAUUGUUUGCUGUUACGUUUUCACUUAUGAUGACGUAUGCGAAUCUUGCAUCAUUAAAUGCAAAUUUUAACAACGUUGCUAAUCGUAUGAACUUAGGCUUUGCAGGCGUCUUUGCACCUGUAUUGGCCAUUGCUUCUGCCUUUGGGUUUGUCAGUGCUAUAGGAGUGGAAUUCACAAACAUCGUCGGCGUAAUGCCAUUUUUAAUUGUCGGAAUAGGAAUCGAUGAUAUGUUCAUUUUAAUGUCUGGAAUGGCAGAUGCCCCAUCUUUGUCUGAACAACCCAACGACAAUGAUAUAAGGAAGAGGAUGAUAUUUAUGAUGAAAAAGAGUGGUGUUGCAAUAACUAUUACAUCUUUGACAGACUUCCUGGCUUUUGCUAUUGGAUAUUCGUCCGUUUUUAAAAGUAUAAAGAACUUCUGCGUUUAUACAGGUGUAUCUGUGUUGUUCUGUUACCUAAACCAAAUUUUCUUCCUCAGUCCGGCUAUAAGAAUUAAUGAGAAAAGAACUAUGGAAAAAAGACACUUCUGUUUGUGUAGUAAAGUUGUCAAACCAAGAGAAGAGUACGCAGAAAGCUCUGAAUGCUUUUUGAAAUGUAUCGCUGGAUCUAUCCCCAUAACAAGAAGUGAUGUAGAAAGUCCCUUGGAAAAAUACCCCAAAAAGUUAAUACUUUUUAUUUUAAAUGGAAUUUGGGGAAAAAUCAGCAUUGUUCUUGUAUUCUUAACUUAUUUGGGUUUCUCGAUCUAUGGUUGUAUACAUCUUCAGCAGGGCUUACAGCUUUUCAAUUUAGCCUCGGAAGAUUCAUACUUUUACAAGUAUAGUUUAUGGGACGAAAAAUAUUACACCACAGAACCAAUGAUUAUGAUUUUAGUGACUCAGACGAUGGACUACCACCGGAGUGAGACACAAAACCUUAUAAAUUCUGUCUUAUAUAAAACUAAAUUGGACAAUUAUAUCGACAUCAACAUUGAGAUAAACUGGUUAGAAAGUUACAAAACAUAUCCAUCAUAUAAUGCCACGUCCGAAUCUAGUUUUGUUCUAGGUCUUGCUCACUUUUUAGCAUCCUCUUCUGGACAAUCUUUUACAAAUGAUGUAGUUUUGGAUAAUUCAAACUUGAAACUACUCUCAUCCAGAUUUUACUUAAAGGCGAAAAACAUGAAAACAUCGGAUGAACAAGGAGAUUUUAUGAACCGCAUGCGAAAAAUAACGGAUAGUACCGAACUUCCUUGCAUAAUUUAUACCCCGGCUUUUGUAUUUUUUGAACAAUACGUUCAAGUUUUACCCAGUACUCUCCAAACGGUAGGCAUUGCUGUAGUUGUUAUGCUUUUUGUUACAUUCAUAUUCGUGCCAGAUCUUAGAGUCGUAUCGAUUGUAUGUAUAACUCUGAUUAGUAUCCUUGCUGGAAUAUUUGGAUUCAUGUUCUAUUGGGAUCUCACUCUGAGUUCUAUUACCAUGAUCCAUCUUGUCAUGAGUGUUGGCUUUUCUGUAGAUUUCAGUGUUCAUAUCUGUCAUGCGUUUUUUUCGGUGGAAGGGGACGAUCCAAACGAAAUUCUACAAAAUGCUAUGGACCGUGCAGGUGGCCCUAUCGUUAAUGCUGCAUUCUCUACACUUUUGGGAAUUAUAAUGCUAGCAUUUUCUAGCAGUUACAUUUUUGUUUCUUUUGGUAAGCUUAUGUUUCUGGUCAUCACAUUUGGUUUAUUACACGGUGCUUUUUUUCUUCCAUUACUUUUAUAUUCUUUGAAAGCACGUAACUUAUGUAAGACAAAAGUUAGCGAAGCAGAGGAUGGUGGAAUACACACCACAGAGGCUGUUUCUUCUAUUCCAAAAAAUGAAUCAUUUAUGGACAUAGAAAAUAGGUCAUUAUCUUGCCAAGAGUUUCAGGUUCCUAGAUUACAGUCUUUUUCCUCCUCACAACAAAGACGGUCAUGUCCGGAUAUACAGGAAGACAUGCGCAUGCACAAAGGGAACAGUAAUAAACGUUUGGGAAGAACAACACAUAUUGGCAAUGGUUUCAUGAAGUAUGAACCUUUUCGCUCUUGAUUUUUUAUUUGUGACUUUUUUGAUACUUUUUACACUUAUUUAUAUUUCUGAGGAUCACAUAAAGACCACAUAGCGCAAACCUAAAAGUGAUUCCAUCUGUGUAACAUUUUCACGCACAGCAAUUAUACUCAGAAAUUUUCUUUG